UCGCAUCCUUGUAUUACGCGGCACGCUGCAGCGACAAGCUGCACAGCACGCCGCAUAGCACCCGUGCUCCGCCAGCCUGCAGCCUGCAGGGCGCGAGCCACAAUUCUCCGCCGCGUCUGCUGCCUCGCGAGCGCCGCCGCCUUCAGUGCCAGAUCUCGACGACCGCCCCGGACGAUCAUGGCGGCGCUCGCCGCGAACGGGGACGCCGCGAAGAAGCGGCCGCCGAAGAUCGAGGAGCUCAUGACCGGGCCCGAGGGCCUGCGCGCGGCGGACUACGCGAACUACUUCAGCAGCUACGCCUACAUCUACCACCAGAAGCAGAUGCUCACCGACUCCAAGCGCAUGGAGGCCUACCGCGACGCCAUCCUCGGGAACGCCGCGAAUUUCAGGGACAAGGUCGUGCUGGACGUGGGCGCCGGCAGCGGCAUCCUGAGCAUCUGGGCGGCCAAGGCCGGCGCGAAGAAAGUGAUCGCGUGCGAGUUCACGGAGAUGGCGGCGCACGCGCGGCGGUUGGUCAAGGCGAACGGCCUCGAAGACGUCGUCGACGUGCGCCGGAGCGCCGUGGAGGCCCUGGACCUCGAAAAGGGGUCUGUCGAUAUCAUCAUCAGCGAGUGGAUGGGCUAUUUCUUAUUGAGGGAGUCGAUGCUGGAUUCUGUGAUUUACGCGCGGGACCGCUACCUGAAGCCGGGGGGCGCCCUGUACCCGUCGCACGCGAAGAUGUACUGGUGCCCCGUGGCGCUGCAGGACGACCGCGACGCGAAGCUCGCGGAGACGGCCGACACCUUAGCGGAGUGGGACGCCUUCGAGGACGAGAUGAUGCGCGAGCACGACGUCGACGUGCGGGUGUUGCGGCGGCCCUACGAGGAGGAGACGCGCGACUACUGCCUGCGCCAGGCCCAGUGGCACGAGCUGACCGAGGACGUCGUGCAGGGCGAGCCCGUCUGCGUGGCGGCCUUCGAUCUGAACACGAUUACGCUGGGCGAGGCCCAGGGCGUCGCCGACGCGCCCUUCGCCUUCGACCUGCCCCUGGAGCGGUGCAGCGCCUUCGCCGGCUGGUUCGACUCGGACUUCGCGGGGUCGCCGUCGGCUCCGGCGUCGAACGUCGUGACGCUGGACACGUCGCCGAGCGGCGGCUACACGCACUGGGGCCAGCAGUGCUUCUUCGUGGACCCGACGCUCGUGCGCGACGCCAUCCGGCGGGCCGGCGGGCGCGCGCCGCUCGCCACGAAGGGGCGCCUGAGCCUGACGCGCCAGGCGGGCGCGGCGCGGCUCUACGACGUCCACGCGACGAUCGAGACCGAGGACGGCGGCGGCGGCGAGCGCCUCGCGCUGAAGUGGGAGCUGUCCUGAUCUAUAGUAACCAUACUAGCUGUUC